ACACACACAUACAUACACAGUUUAGGCCACUCCCAUUCCAACAGGAAGUGAAAAGGGGAAGCGUGAAUCAGGACAGGAGGAAAAGUCUCACAUGUGGAGCUUUUAGGUCACUUCAAACACACGCGACUUCGCUGCUGCAAAAACAAGGACUGCUGGGUAAUGGCUUCUCUACGAGCUUUUCUCCCGCUUGCCCUCUGUCUCCUAAUCAGUCAUCAAACAUUUGCUAAAAACGACGCUCCAUGCCAGCUUUCCAACUGGAAAAGUGGCUUCAACACCUUCCUCAAACGCCACCUGCGCUCUGACACUCCUCCUUCCGAGGACAAAAACCAGUGGGAGGAUUACAUCAAGACCCACGGCGGCUGUGACCGACCCACUCAGUCUUUCCUGCCCACAAGCGACGAGGCCAGAGUGAAGGCCGUGUGCACCAACAAAGGGGGGGCGGUGUACAAGGACAACCUGUGCAUCAGCCGGGAGCCUUUCACCUUCGUCACGGUGAGGAGCGCGCCGGGGACGUGCGGCAUCAGGAGCGUCACGAAGGAAACCAAACAUCUGAUCUUGGCCUGUGAGGAGUUGAGCGACCAGUGCCUGCCGGUCCAUUUUGAGGGGAACCCUACAGGUGCAACGCCGGCCCGCAACGCCAAAGGCUGCCAGGAGACGCGCAGCAGUGACGCCGCUGCCAGCUUUAAGACGACGUGGAUCUGGUUGCUCUUGGCUGUUCUUGUUAUUGUUUAUGGCUUCCAACGUUGAUUUGAGGACACCAAGACCUCUUUUAAGAAGAAUCUUCAUUUGAAAAUGAUCAGUGUUUAUGUUUGAUCAGCAACUAAUCAACCAUACGUAUUGAAAGUGAAAAGUAUUACAUUUCAGGUUGCAUCACGGGGAAAUAAUGAGAAGGCCCAAAAUGCAUUUAAUUUUAUUUAAAAUUACAAUGUCUAGUGCAUGAAUGGCACAGGUGUGUAUUUGACAUUAAAAGGCAUCUAUUUAAUUGCUGUAUGAAAUGCAUCUCAUUAAAUGUUAUACCUCAGUGGAAUGAUUUAAAUAAAAACAUCAGUGCAAAACAUUUGAUAGAGAUCAUUGUAACAACUUAACUCUGAUCAUAGAGCAUAAAAUGGACGCUUUACAGAAGAGAAGCAAGCUGAAAAACCAACUAUGACCAAUGAACAACACCCACAGAUAACAGUUCUGAUGUUUGCUCCAUCUCUGACUCACAAAUGUUUGUCGCGACAUGCUGAUGCAGUCGACACACAGGCGAUGGCAGUGUUGCAAAAAUUUGUAACCGACAGUAACUUUUCAAGAAACCCUUCUAUGUGAACUGGCUUUUCAGAUGCAUGUGAAUAACGGACAAUGUCAGCUGAUGUUGUUCAGGUUGUUUUCAUGUCAAUUGUUUGCAUCCACCAAACUCGAAACACACAUUGGAGCACAUGAAUCCAGCAGAUUUGUCCACACAGAUUAUCUCACGUCUUUCCAUGCUAGAAGAUCACAUUGAAGAGUUCUCUUU